GUAGUGAGAAUAAUGAAAUUGAUUCAAAUGUAUGUUGUGUUUAUAUAUAGUAAGGUUAUAAGUUAUAAAGAAUGUUCUUAUCUGAUCAUGAGUCGGUUACAAGUGUGUAAGCAAGCGUAAAUUGUGGAUAUAAGUUUAUGUCUGUUAACUGUUUGUCGAAAUGCCUAAGAAAAGUAGAGGCUGUCAUUUGUUUUAAUGAGGCAAAAGAGCGCAGAAGAAAAGCUGUAGCCUUGAAAUGGUAAAAGAAUUUGAAAACAAAUUGAAGUGAGAAAUGGUAGCAAAUUAGACAAGUGGCUAAGAUAACAGACAGCCCUUCUUUGUAGGAACCCAACCACACUCUAGAAUGAGAAUUUUGAGAUGCAGCAGCUUUUCCUUCUCUUUGCUUUGAGAUCCCACCUCUUUUUUUCAGGGGUCUGCGAAUCUUGAGACGAGCAGUUAGGGGAGAGGUGGAGUUUCCGGCGGGUUUUUAACAACGCAGGACAUUAUUUGUUAGCCGGAAUCAAGUGCUUCAUGAGAUAGUAAUAAGGGAAUUAAAAUGUCUUCACCUCCUAGCAAUUCUUCUGCUGCAUCACCUGAUUCUAACACUCCACCUUCACCACCUACACCAGCUGCACCACCACCAUCAAAUUCAUCUCCAGUACCUUCACCACCUGCACCUCCACCUGACACAGCUCCUCCCCCACCGUCCGUUACAUCACCUCCGCCAGAUAGUUUGUCAUCCCCACCACCUCCACCACAAUCUAAUCGUUCAUCACCUCCACCACCACCUUUAAGCAAUGACUCACCUCCUCCUCCACCCAAUUCCAAUAAUCAAGCAUCACCUCCCCCGCCUCAUAGAUCAUCACGGCCGCCACCACCAGGUCCACCAGGUCCACCACAAGCUUCCUCUACAGAAAACAGUGGUCUAAGUAAUGAUCAGAUAAAAAUCAUAGUUGGUGUAACGGUUGGAUUUGGGUUACUGAUCAUUGCAAUUUUGCUAAUAUGUGGUGCAAAAUUGUGCAAAAAGAAGAAGAAAAAGGAUAAGCAUAUGCAAUACUAUGGAGCUUACCAACAAGGUAGCGACCCAUAUUACAACAGCUCAGGCCAGCCAAGUUGGAAAAAUGGACAGCCAGUGGGACCAGACCAUAUCAUGAAGAUAAACCAGUCACCGGGUCAAAUGGGAUCAUCUCCAGGUGGUGGUUGGCAUGGACCUCCUCCACCUCCACCAAUGAUGAUGAGCGGUGAUAUGAGCGCAAAUUUCUCCGGCCCACACCGUCCACCAUUGCCGCCUCCGUCACCAAAUAUUGCUCUUGGAUUCAACAGAAGUACCUUCACAUAUGAUGAGCUUGCAGCAGCAACCGGCGGGUUUGAUCAAGUUAAUUUGUUGGGACAGGGAGGGUUUGGGUAUGUGCACAAGGGUGUGUUACCUAAUGGGAAGGAGAUUGCAGUUAAGUGCCUUAAGUCUGGUAGUGGACAGGGAGAGCGGGAAUUCCAGGCUGAAGUUGAGAUUAUUAGCCGUGUUCAUCAUCGCCAUCUUGUGUCACUUGUCGGAUACUGUAUUGCUGGAGAGCAACGAAUCUUGGUAUAUGAAUUUGUUCCCAAUGGUACCUUAGAAUAUCACCUACACGGAAAGGGUGUUCCCGUCAUGGAUUUCCCGACAAGGUUGCGAAUUGCAUUAGGCUCAGCCAAAGGACUUGCCUACCUUCAUGAAGAUUGUCAUCCUCGAAUUAUUCAUCGUGAUAUUAAAGCACCUAACAUUCUCAUUGAUUUCAACUUUGAAGCCAUGGUUGCUGAUUUCGGAUUGGCUAAGCUUUCGUCUGACAAUUAUACUCAUGUCUCUACACGUGUCAUGGGUACAUUUGGGUAUUUGGCUCCAGAGUAUGCAUCAAGUGGGAAGUUGACAGAAAAAUCAGAUGUUUUCUCAUUUGGGGUCAUGCUUUUGGAACUUAUAACAGGGAAGAAACCUGUGGAUCCCACAAAUGCAAUGGAAGACAGCCUAGUUGAUUGGGCUCGGCCACUUUUAAAUAAAUCACUGGAGGAUGGGAAGCCGAGUGAAUUGGUUGAUCCUCGGUUGGAGAAUAUAUACAAUCCAGAAGAGAUGCAGCGCAUGGUUGCUUGUGCUGCUGCCAGCAUUCGCCAUUCCGCGAGAAAGCGCCCAAAAAUGAGCCAGAUUGUACGUGCAUUGGAAGGAGAUGUAUCACUGGAUGAUUUGAAUGAAGGAACAAAGCCUGGACAAAGCUCCAUAUUCAAUGGAAGCUCAGACUACGAUACAACUACUUAUAAUGCAGAUAUGAAGAAGUUUAGGCAAAUGGCAUUAUCCAGCCAAGAGUUUGGGAGCAGCGAACACGGGACGUCGAGCAAUGACUCUCGAGAUAUGUCUCCCAUGGCAAUCCGUAAAAACAAGUUAUAAAUGUCCAAAAAAUUUAUUCAUUUUCGACGUCGAUAUACAAGUAUAUGCAUAACAAUUGCCAAUGUUAUUAUUAUUUUUUGUAUGGUAAUUUAGAAGCUGUGUUCUUUCAAAGGGUUAAACUUUGAGAAGGGGAAUCUGCAAAGUAUAGAGAUCAAGAUGACUUAAUGGAAUAUUUGUGUUCUUUCAUA